CAAGGGAGGGAAGCUGCAUUCGAGAGAUCCCAACCGCUCCUUUCUUCCAAGCUUUUACUCCCCCCACCCUGGGAAGCCCGCACGGCUCCAUCCGAUGGGGCUCAAACCCCGCCGGGCCACGGGAAAAAGAAAGGCCACCCGAAAAUCCGCUACAGGGGGCGGGGGGCAACAAGGCUGCUCAGCGCACCCGCCCAUCCUUUCUCGGAGAAAAGUGCGGUGGCCCCGCCUCUUUCCAUAAGGAAGCUUCAAGCGCUGGAGCGCGAGGAUUUUCCAACGGACCAGCCAUCCCAUGGCUGGGCGCGCGAGAGGCCAGCAGCAGCCACCCGGCAACAUGAUCACUUCCGGUUUCUCUUCCCCCAACCCCUCAGCAGCAGCAGCUCAGGAGGUCAGACCUGCCACUGAUGGUAGCAGCAGUAGCUCCUCCUCCUCGUCCUCCUCUAAGAAGAGAAAAUUAAAUAGUAAUAGUAACAGUAGUGAGAGAGAAGAGGUUGACGCCAUCUCCUCCUGCUCUUCCCUUCUUUCCAAAGCCAACUCUUCCUCCUCCACAUCCUCCUCUGUCAACACCACUGCUUCUACUGCCUCCUGUUCCUCCUCGGGGGUUGCCUCUUCCAACCAUCACCUGCAGAAGAAGUUGCGCUUUGAGGACUCAUUGGAUUUUAUUGGACUUGAUGUGAAGAUGGCUGAAGAGUCUUCCUCUUCAUCCCCUGCUGCCUCUUCUCAGCAGCAGCACCAGCAGCAACUCAAAAAUAAAAGCCUUUUAAUUUCCUCAGUAGCUGUGGGACACCACGCAAAUGGCCUGACCAAAGCUGCCUCCUCCACUGUCUCCAGUUUUGCCAACAGUAAACCUGGUUCAGCCAAGAAGUUAGUGAUCAAGAACUUUAAAGACAAACCUAAACUGCCUGAAAAUUAUACAGAUGAAACCUGGCAAAAACUGAAGGAAGCUGUAGAAGCAAUUCAAAACAGUACUUCAAUUAAAUACAAUUUAGAAGAGCUCUAUCAGGCUGUUGAAAAUCUCUGCUCCUACAAGAUUUCUGCAAAUUUGUACAAACAAUUAAGACAGAUUUGUGAAGACCACAUCAAAGCACAGAUUCAUCAGUUCAGAGAGGAUUCGUUGGACAGUGUUCUUUUUCUCAAGAAAAUAGACAAAUGUUGGCAAGACCAUUGCAGACAGAUGAUAAUGAUUAGAAGUAUCUUUUUGUUCCUGGAUCGAACCUACGUACUUCAAAAUUCAAUGCUGCCAUCAAUUUGGGAUAUGGGGCUAGAGUUGUUCAGGACUCAUAUAAUUAGUGAUCAAAAAGUUCAAAACAAGACCAUUGAUGGCAUUCUUCUGUUGAUUGAGAGAGAGAGAAAUGGCGAGGCUAUUGACAGGAGUUUGCUCCGCAGCCUUCUAAGCAUGCUUUCAGAUUUGCAGAUCUAUCAGGAUUCUUUUGAACAUAGAUUUUUGGAAGAGACUAAUCGGCUGUAUGCAGCAGAAGGACAGAGGCUAAUGCAAGAAAGAGAGGUUCCAGAGUAUCUUCAUCACGUCAACAAACGUUUGGAGGAAGAGCAAGACAGGAUUAUCACAUACUUGGAUCAAAGCACCCAGAAACCACUAAUUGCUACUGUAGAAAAACAGCUACUAGGUGAACAUUUAACAGCCAUUCUACAGAAAGGUUUAAACCAUCUCCUGGAUGAAAACCGAAUUCAAGAUUUGUCUCUACUGUAUCAGCUGUUCAGUAGGGUGAAAGGUGGCGUGCAAGUUCUCUUGCAGCACUGGAUCGAAUAUAUAAAGGCAUUUGGUAGCACCAUUGUAAUUAAUCCAGAAAAAGACAAAACCAUGGUCCAAGAACUGCUAGACUUUAAGGAUAAAGUUGAUCAUAUCAUUGAUAUUUGUUUUCUGAAGAAUGAGAAGUUUGUCAAUGCCAUGAAAGAAGCCUUUGAAACUUUCAUCAACAAAAGACCAAAUAAACCUGCUGAGCUCAUAGCUAAGUAUGUCGAUUCAAAGCUUCGUGCAGGCAACAAAGAGGCUACUGAUGAAGAGCUAGAAAAGAUGCUGGAUAAAAUUAUGAUUAUAUUUAGGUUCAUAUACGGCAAGGAUGUUUUUGAGGCCUUUUACAAAAAAGAUCUAGCUAAGCGGCUAUUAGUGGGCAAAAGUGCAUCGGUAGAUGCUGAGAAAUCCAUGCUUUCCAAACUCAAACAUGAAUGUGGAGCUGCUUUCACUAGCAAACUUGAAGGAAUGUUUAAGGACAUGGAACUUUCUAAAGACAUCAUGAUACAAUUUAAACAGUAUAUGCAAAAUCAGAAUGUACCUGGUAACAUUGAACUCACGGUGAAUAUCUUGACUAUGGGCUAUUGGCCAACCUACGUGCCUAUGGAAGUCCACCUGCCAUCAGAGAUGGUAAAACUGCAGGAGAUAUUUAAGACGUUUUACCUCGGAAAACACAGUGGCAGGAAGCUUCAGUGGCAGUCUACAUUAGGGCACUGUGUACUCAAAGCAGAAUUUAAAGAGGGCAAAAAGGAGCUACAAGUCUCCCUGUUCCAGACUCUAGUGCUGCUCAUGUUUAAUGAAGGCGAAGAGUUCAGUUUAGAGGAGAUAAAACAGGCCACUGGAAUUGAAGAUGGAGAGCUACGGCGAACCCUCCAGUCAUUAGCCUGUGGCAAGGCAAGAGUACUGACCAAAAGCCCCAAAGGCAAGGAUGUGGAAGAUGGAGACAAAUUCACUUGCAAUGAUGACUUCAGGCAUAAGCUGUUCAGGAUAAAAAUCAAUCAAAUCCAGAUGAAAGAAACGGUGGAGGAACAAGCAAGCACUACAGAGAGAGUCUUUCAGGAUCGGCAAUACCAAAUUGAUGCCGCAAUUGUGAGAAUCAUGAAAAUGCGCAAGACACUUAGUCACAAUCUGCUUGUGUCUGAGGUGUACAACCAGCUGAAAUUCCCAGUAAAGCCCGCUGACCUUAAGAAGAGAAUAGAAUCGCUAAUUGACAGAGACUACAUGGAAAGAGACAAGGAGAAUCCCAACCAGUACAACUACAUUGCAUAAAACACACACAUUGGGCCUUUGUUUUCCUUUUCUGCACACUUGAUGUUCUACUUGGUUGCUGGUGGAUAAACGAGCCUGUUGGCCCCAUUAAAAUAACUUUUUCUACUACCAAUGACUGAGUGAAAGCAACGUAAUGGGUGGGAAAUAGUACAAUGGACUUUUUCAGUGGCUUAACAUGCCCAUUUAAAAGAGUAGUAUUUACAUUUUAAGAAGAAUGCUGUUGAACUCUUUGCAUGAUAUUUGGUAUGAUGUGCAGAAAACUGUAAGGAAGUACCUGGUCUUUGUGAUUCUAUUGGUCCCCAGAUCUAAAGAGGAAGUCUCUCUUUAGCGCAAGGCUAUCAGCCCUUUUUUCAUCUCAAAACAAUAAAAAGGUAAAAUUUAACAAAAAUGUAGUCUUUUUAAAAAAAAUGCUUAAACUGCAUGCAAAUCUCUUAAUUACUGUACAGCAUUAUUGGAUGUAUUUAUCAGAUAGCAAAACCUUAUAUGGAUUUGACUGUCCCUCAGAAUAACAAAAGUUUCUACCGUACUUUGAGUAUACCAAAACUUUUCUGCAACUGUUGGAAAGGGAAUUUGCACCGCUGCAAAUGGACGUCUGAGAUUUAAAUGGCUUAUCCCUGUUUGUUGUUGGCAUCCUUAAUAGCUUGGGUUUGUGCUGCAAAGACUGCUGUGGAAGACUAAGGGUUAGACUGGUGAUACACCUUCCAUUCCCAAAUAUUUGCAAAGAAAAAAGAAAGGAAAGGAAACAUUACUAUAAAAGCUGCCAUGGGGAAAUGUCUGUCUCCUUCCCCUUUAUUUUUUCCCAAGGAGGGAAAUCCUAACAGCACAAACCCAGAAGUGGACAAUGUCACAGUUGUUAAUUCAGGAUUCCCCACACAUACACAUACUGCAUUGCAAGAGAACAAACAUUAGGGAUCAACGCUUCCUCCUCCCCAUAGUCCAAAUCCUUUGUUUUUAACCCAUUAUCACAAUGUCCCCGAAUAUUGCACCCUUGCUUGGAAGUAGCACAGUUUUAAGGCCUGAUGGAUCUGCUAGGCCCCCUAGUCCUCCCUAAUUUAGGAGAGCAAAGGAUACAUGCUAAGAAUCUGGAGAUUUGGUCCACUUUUUGGGCAUACACAGUUCUAGGAGAGUUGUGAAAGGCAAAAAAAUUUUCAAAACUUCUGAUCUGGGAGCAGGGUGCCCCCUGUUUUUUUUAAUUCUUGAUUUAUAGAUUAAGAAGCAUUAGUUUAGCUGUUCAGAGCAUCUCAUCCAGCAGACUAGAGAAGACCCUGUGCUGUGUACUGUAUUGUAUUCAUUGUGUCUAGGGGAUCCUUUCUAAUAUGGCUUUAAAACCUGUGCUGUUCUAAAUGUUUCUCUUCAAACGUCAGGGUUCCUGUUGAACAAAAGCGAAGCAAUUUAUCACUGCAUGAAGCAAUACUGAUAACAGCUGUCGCCCAUCGGCACUGACCUUCCACAGGUCUUCUCAACCAGCCCCGGCAACAAAAAAUGUUCCGGUAGUUCACCUUCAGGUUUUAGUUUAUCUUUUAUCUCCCCCCCCCCCAACUGUGGAAACAUUUAGUCAUCUCCUUACUGGCAUGAUCAUCUUGUGCAGGGAAGUAAUAUUACUCGCAUGGAGGUUUAAGUACUAGAGGCUGCACCAUACAGGAUAGUGAGUAAUCUUACUAGGAGUGUAGAGUGUGGUUGAGCAUGCAGGGAACUAGUAACAAGGAAUUUGUCACGGGAAAGGCAUUUAAAAUCUUUGUGUACCAAUUUCAUACACUCUGUUAUCUCAUGGUUUGUGACAGUUCUAAAGUUGUCAUCCCCCCUUGAAUAACAUUUUCUUAAAGUUAUUGUGUAUGGUAAAGAAGCUUGGCAGAAAAAUAAGUCAAAUACGGGGGACAGAUGGAGAUUAAAGAAAUACCAUUUGGUGUGUGAGUGCAGUAAAACAAAUUACAUUAUUUGAACACAUUUGUUUAAAGCUAUUCUAAACUUUUUAAAAUAAACUUUCACCUCAAAACCGGCAGUUUUGGACUAGGAAGUAUUUUGAUCCUGCACCUGUAUCCAUGGGUAUCUCGGCAUUAAAUAUGCUGACAAUUUGGAUUGUUCUAUUUAAUUAUUGCAUUUCUGUGCAAUGUUUUCCAGAGGCAGUGCUUAAUAUUGUAACAAGAGCACUAGCAGAACUUCAGACUAGACCUGAAGCAAGCAUACAGCUCUGUCCUCAUUCCUUCUAAGCAAAUAUGACAAGAUCAUCUCCCCCCCCACACACACACUCCCUGGUUUGGUGAUAAGUCUGGCAAAAAAGAAAAACUUUCCAGCCAUACUGUUCAGCAACUUCUUUGCUGGGAUCAUGUGCCUGCUUUAUUGAGCCAUAAAUAUAUUUAUAGUAUAUACACUUUUUUUCUAGUGGGCUUAGACUGUGACCCACACAGCUUGUCUGGCCAUAAAUUUUUAAAUCUUUCAUCUAUUGCAUGCAGUUUAUAGCAGCCUAAUUUAUAAGAAAUUACAAUU